AUGUCCCAGUAUCCAGGGAGCACGGGCAAGGGCAGGGCACUCCGGGGGCUGCGCGGGGCGGAGGGUGCUAGUUCUGGGGGUCCCUGUGCAGCGCGGGGCGGGCGGUCCCGGCACGGCCGGGGGCUCGGCCACCUGCGCGGAGCACGGGCAGCGCACGGCGGGCAGGGAGCUGAGGCGCCGCCCGCCCCCGGCCACUGCCGAGGCGGCAGCUCCGCGAGCUGCAGUGGCGCGGUGCUCGCUGUGUGCCCGCCGGACGGCAGGAACCGAGGACAAGGGCUCGGGGAUGCCGCGCGUUAUUCCUCCCUCCCCGGCUGGCCGGGAGCGCCGCCGCCAGCGGGGCUCCCGCUGCCCUUACCANGGGUGUCCACGGCGCUGAGCUGCCUGCUGGGGCUGCCCGUGCGGGUGCGCCGGAUCCGCGCCGGGCGGAGCCAGCCCGGCCUCAGACCUCAGCAUCUGUCUGGAUUGGAGAUCAUUCGAGAUCUGUGUGAUGGAAAGCUGAAUGGUGGUGAAAUUGGCUCAACAGAAAUAACCUUCACUCCUGGGAAGAUCAAAGGUGGAACCCACAUAGCAGAUACAAAAACAGCAGGGAGUGUGUGCCUACUGAUGCAGGUAGCAAUGCCCUGUGUGCUGUUUGCUGCUUCCCCAUCAGAGCUUCAUUUAAAAGGUGGGACUAAUGCGGAGAUGGCUCCUCAGAUAGACUACACAGUCAUGGUUUUCAAGCCAGUAGUUGAAAAGUUCAACUUCACAUUUAAUUGUGACAUAAAAAGGAGGGGUUACUACCCUCAAGGAGGUGGUGAAGUUGUAGUCCAGAUGUCUCCAGUCAAAGAGCUGAGCCCAAUAAACUUAACAGAACGUGGCACAGUGACAAAGAUUUAUGGAAGGGCAUUUGUUGCUGGAGCACUGCCUAUCAAACUGGCAAAAGACAUGUCAGCAGCAGCAGUGAGAUGCAUCAGAAGAGAAAUCAGAGAUCUUUACAUUAAUAUUCAGCCUGUCAGAGAACCUGAUGAUCAAGCUGUUGGGACUGGAAGUGGAAUAAUUAUUAUUGCAGAGACUUCAACAGGUUGUUUGCUAGCUGGGUCAUCACUUGGCAAGAGAGGAAAAAAUGCUGACAAGGUUGGCAUUGAAGCAGCUGAGAUGCUGCUUCAGAAUCUUAAACAUGGUGGAACUGUGGAUGAUUCUCUGCAAGACCAAGUAAGGUUACUAUAUGGGAAUAUACAGUGGGGGAAAGCAAAGUUAAAUGUAGUAGGGAUUCAGGGACAAGCUCCACUGUGGAAAAGUAACCCGUCUGUAAUGGGCAUUACAGUAGCAAUCUCCAAACUUCUGGAGCCUUGGAUCACUCUUCAAACUAAGCUUCAUGAACUUUUAUGGGGAGUGUCUAGAGUGAAAAGUGGACCAAUUACACUUCAUACUCAAACAGCUAUACACUUUGCAGAGCAGCUAACAAAGGCCAAAUUUACUAUAACAAAAUCAGAAGAGGAAGAUCCCAGUAAUGAUACCUACAUCAUUGAGUGCCAAGGAAUGGGGAUGAUAAACCCAAAUUUAUAGUGUUAAAAAAAAAAGGCAGUAAGCUGCCACAAGAAACACCCAGCAUACCUCAGUGAUGUAUUGCACUACACUUCAUUGGAUGUAUAAUCUGCCUGAAGAGGAGGAGCCUUCUGUCACAUCAGAGUGAUUUAACUUGAAGGUUGAUGUCAAGCUUUUCCUUGGUAUGGUGAGAAUCAGUCAUGUGAAAAAUGAAAACUUUACUUUUUUUUUUUUUUUUUUACUAUUUGCAGCAAAAUGAGUAGCAACAGUACAGCAAAUAGAAUAUACUGUAUGUAUGCAAGAGCUUCAGUUAGAAGCUUUGAAUUUUACCCAAGUAGAAAAUAACUAUUUUAGUUCAGUAUUUCUUUCCCUUUUAACAAAUGAAAGUUUUGUUCUCUGAAAACCUUUAUGUUAUGAGGUACAUAGAAUGAAAUACACCAUCAAAUCUGUAUUGCUGUUCUUCCUUAGCCAUUUGCUAAAUAAUAAAGUAGUAUCACCCUAUAAAAGGCUUUA